AUCCGGUGACAGAGCGUUGCCGGUGUGAUGUCACAAAGUGUGUGGGCGUGUCCGGUGCCUCCAGAAGUGCGGAUGAGAAGGGUCGCACGAGGGAGAGGAUGCGGCCGCUUCUUAUUGUGUGUAUGGCCGCUGUGAUGUGCCGGCCGGGUACCGGGACCGAAGCCGCCAUUACCGUGACGUUACCUCCGCAGGGCGGGGUGACGGCGGUGAGCCCCUCAAGCCCGGUGUCUCCCGGGGUGGACUCGGUGCUGGCGCUCAGGGCACAGCGUCAUAACCUGCUUCUUCUGUUCCAGAGAUAUGGAGAGAAUAACCAGAGCCUCACCGUGUCCGGCUUCGUGCAACUACUCCGCAGUCUGGGGGAGGAGAGGAAGAAGAGCAUCGCUAUUCACAAUCACCACCACCACCAUCAUCAUCAUCACCAUCAGGAUCCGCACCAUCAUCAUCAUAACCACCAUCAUCGUCACCACCAUCACCCUCAUCAUCCUCCUAGCAGCCCCAGUCCAUGUGAGCAGAGGAGGGAGAAGAGACAUGUCACCUCUGGGGAGAGCCCAGCACAAACAAACCUCACCCUGGGAGCUGAAGUGGAGUGUUUAAAUGCCUCACGUCUGCUGACUUUGCAUGGAAUGGACACGCAGAUGCUUCUUGAUGUAGAUGAGUUUCGAUUUAUCUGCCCAGCUAUUAUUAAUCAAAUCGACAGAAAGUCCUGCUUAAUUAAUGCGCCAGAGGAAGCUCCUGAAGAAGCUUUGGCUGGAAGCAACCAAGGUGUAUAUUCUGUGAAAGUAGCAUGGGUUGGUGGCUUUAUAUCAAUUACUGUUAUAAGUGUGUUGUCAUUGCUGGGUAUCAUUCUGGUUCCUCUGAUGAAUAAAGUGUUCUUCAAAUUUCUGCUAAGUUUCCUGGUGGCGCUGGCAGUGGGCACUUUAAGCGGGGAUGCUUUUUUACAUCUACUUCCACAUUCUCAUGCAAAACAUUACCAUAGUCAUGGUGGAAAUGUGAAUGAAAGUCAUGCAGAUGAAAAGGCUGAGGAGAGUGCUCUUUUGGAUGCUACAUUUAAGGGCCUGACUGCACUUGGGGGUCUCUAUUUCAUGUUUUUGGUAGAGCAUUUGAUUACCUUGAUCAAGCAGUAUAAAGACAAGAAACAAAAGAAUCAGAAGAAAACUGAAAAUGAUGAGGACUUUGAAGUUAAAAAGCAACUGUCAAAUCAUUCUCAUAUUGAAGAUAAAGAGACUUCAGAGGCAGAUUUCCAUACGGAUAAUGAAGGCUACGUAGAUGGUCAAGCACAAGAUGUAUCUCAACAGCCAACUGCUCCAGAGGAAGAAGAGGAGAUAAUGAUUGCUCAGUCUCAUGAUGAAACUAGUUACAGGGAGUACGUCUCCAGAGGAUGUGAAAACAAAUGUCAUUCUCACUUUCAUGACACACUUGGACAGUCUGAUGACCUUAUACAUCAUCACCAUGACUACCACCAUAUCUUACAUCAUCAUCAUCACCAAAAUCACCAUCCACAUAGCCAUUCUCAGCGCUACUCCCGGGAGGAGCUUAAAGAUGCUGGCAUUGCCACCUUGGCCUGGAUGGUAAUAAUGGGUGAUGGACUGCACAACUUCAGUGAUGGUUUAGCUAUUGGAGCAGCAUUUACUGAAGGCUUAUCCAGUGGAUUAAGUACAUCUGUAGCUGUUUUUUGUCAUGAACUACCACAUGAAUUAGGGGAUUUUGCAGUCCUCCUGAAAGCUGGAAUGACUGUAAAACAAGCAGUGUUAUACAAUGUCUUGUCUGCUAUGCUUGCGUACCUGGGUAUGAUCACUGGGAUUCUGAUAGGCCAUUAUGCAGAGAACGUUUCAAUGUGGAUCUUUGCUCUUACAGCAGGACUAUUUAUGUAUGUGGCUUUUGUUGAUAUGGUACCUGAGAUGUUGCACAAUGAUGCAAGCGACCAUGGCUGCAGUCGUUGGGGAUAUUUUCUCUUGCAGAAUGCGGGAAUUCUUUUAGGAUUUUUCAUCAUGUUGGUUAUUUCUGUAUUUGAACCUAGAAUUUUUUUCAAUGUUAACCUAUAACUAUAUAGGUUGCCUGUGGUCAUCAAAUUCACACAGCAAACAAAGUUGUUUUUGUUUUCUUUUUUUUUUUUUA